CACUUCAACAAAUAAAUUAUUUUCAAAUAAAACACAGAAACUCAAAACAAUGGUCGCCAUAUUUGUUGUUCAUACUCGCAAGGCUUGUAAAUUUAGCCACCAGAGGCCGCACACUUCGCGAUUUUCGCGAAUAACUUGUUUAUGGAAAAGUUGCCUAAAGCCUCCCAUAACUAGAAAUGAUAGGUUUAUAGUCCUGACCUUUGGUCAUGACAGCUAACUAGAAAAGAAUGAAACAGAAGAACUUAUAUAUAUUUGACAUUUCAACUCAGCGACAGAUGCAGUUAUUGAUAAAGCACUUUUCUUCUGGACUUAUUAGAAUGAGCAGAAAAAUAAACUACCCUUCGGCCGACAGAAACAAGACGCCGAUCCUCGAAGUCCUGCAGAAGCACAUCGACCACACAGUCGAGGGCAAAGUACUCGAGAUAUCGUCCGGCACUGGACAGCACCUGGCUCAUUUCGCUCCGAACUUUCCGAAGCUGACUUUCCAACCGACGGAAGUCGAGACGUCCUUGUUUGACAGCAUCGACGCCUACGCUGAUGACGUACCGACUAAAAACGUCAAAAAGGCCUUAUUCGUCAACGUAAUGGAGGAUUUCGCGAAGUGGGGGCUAGCCGGGGACUUUGAUUACGUCAUCAACGUCAACAUGAUCCACGUGACCCCGUUUUCUUGCUCGAUAGGGCUGUUCAAGAAUGUGAGCGAGGCGCUCAAGCCUAAAGGGCUGCUUUUCACUUACGGGGCUUACGCUAACAAUGGGGUGUUGGAACCGCAGUCGAAUAGGGAUUUCGAUAGGAACAUCAGGUUGAAGGAUCCUAAUUGUGGGGUGAGGGAUAUACAGGAUUUGGUCAAGGUAGCGGAGACUUACGGGAUCAAACUCGUUUGUAUUUAUGAUUUGCCUGCUAACAAUAAGUGUCUGGUUUGGGAGAAGCUGAUGGAGAAUGUUUGAUGAUUUCAUAGGUUUUGAAUGAUUAUAAUGGACGUUCUUCAGCUCAAUUCAAAAUCUGUGAUUUAUUUGAUUGAAUUUGAACUGUUGUUAAAUUCGUAUUUGUGAGUCUAAGUUGUAUUAAUAAAUACUAACUGAAAUGCCACAGGCAAAACAUUCGAAUGAAUAUUUGCAAUUUUAAAUCAUUUUUGACAUAUCUGUAUGUUUGAAUUCAUUUGAGCGUUAUACUUACGACGUCAAUGGAAUAAAGAAAUGAAUCCACUAUUCAUAAUGAAUCAACAUUGUAUAAACCCAUCCUCAUCAACAUGAAAUGGCAGCAUACAGUAUAUCCAUCUAAACUCCGUUACCCUCUACUAAUUUUCAAUACACCUGGUAUGUUGCAUCAAAAUUUGGAAGGCUCAA